GAGAGACGCAUGUAAACGAGACGGGGGAAGUCGAGGGAAGAGGACGUUACAGGAGAGAGAGAGAGAGAGAGAGAGAGAGAGAGAGAGAGAGACCACGCCGUUGGUACGCCUUCGGUUAUGGAGAGCAAAGCAAUCACCAUUUGUUUGCGCGCAGAGGAGAAGGAGGAGGUGGUGAGAAGGGGAGGGAGAGAACGAGAGAGAGAGAGACAGCCGCUUUCUUCACCGUGAUUGACAACUUUCGCGUCUGAUCCACGUUUGUUCGCCUUCUCCUUCUUCCUCUGUUUCUUGGUGGCCUGCUUUUGUUCUUGUUGCUCUCCUCUGUUGUUGUUGUUGUUGUUUCUUUCUCCUCUGGUCCGUUGGUUGUGGGAUGGAGGAGAAUCACCGGUUGAUCCAGUGGGGAGUCAUCAGACCGCUGCUCGCGAUUGUCCAAUGGUGGACGUUCAACGUCACCGUUAUCAUCACGAACAAAUGGAUCUUUCAGAAAUUGGAUUUCAAGUUUCCCCUGUCUGUGUCAUGUCUCCAUUUUAUAUGCUCAUCCAUUGGAUCAUAUUUGGCAAUCAAAGUUUUUAAGGUAAAACCUUUAAUUGAGAUUGAACCUGAAGACCGUUGGAGAAGGAUAUUUCCCAUGUCGUUCGUCUUCUGCAUCAAUAUAGUGCUGGGAAACAUGAGCCUAAGAUAUAUUCCAGUUUCUUUUAUGCAGACGAUUAAGUCAUUCACCCCUGCUACUACAGUUGUACUCCAGUGGCUGGUGUGGAAAAAGUACUUUGACUGGCGAAUUUGGUGUUCCUUGGUGCCCAUUAUUGGGGGCGUUCUUCUUACUUCUGUUACGGAGCUAAGUUUCAAUAUGUUUGGAUUUUCUGCUGCACUUUUUGGCUGCCUUGCUACAUCUACAAAGACAAUUUUAGCGGAAUCAUUACUGCAUGGCUUUAAAUUUGACAGCAUAAACACGGUAUUUUAUAUGGCACCAUUUGCAACCAUGAUCUUGGCUGUGCCAGCUCUUGUGCUAGAAGGGACAGGUGUUCUGCAGUGGUUUCAAGUUCAUCAAACCAUCUUCACCUCGGUGCUGAUCAUCUUAAGUUCUGGGGUGCUUGCUUUUUGCCUUAAUUUCUCCAUUUUCUAUGUGAUCCAUUCAACAACAGCUGUCACAUUUAAUGUUGCUGGCAAUCUUAAGGUAGCAGUGGCUGUCAUGGUCUCAUGGGCGGUCUUUCGAAACCCGAUAUCUGCAAUGAAUGCUUUAGGAUGUGGAAUAACACUCUGUGGCUGCACAUUCUAUGGGUAUGUGAGACAGAGACUCUUGCAGCAGCCAGGCACACCUCGAUCUGCUGUCAGUAGAAUGGAGAUGCUUCCCCUUGUAAAUGAUAAACUGGAUGGCAAGGUUUAGUUGGUAUACCACUAGAUGCAUCAUGAUUCUGGUCUGAAACUUUUUCAGUGUAACAAUUCAUGUAAUGAUAGUGCUCCUGCUAGUCUUCUUCGGAUGUGUCGAUAGGGCAUCUCUGUAAACUAUAGUUGCAGCUGAGGGUUGCCAUUGGCUUUCUGUUUCCUACUUGAAGGAAAAAGAUAUUUAUCAUUACAGUUGUUGCUCUUUUCUGUUGGUUUCUCGCAGCUGUAACCAGUUGACAGACACUUAGUUGGCACCUUGGAUUUUCCGUGCCUUGUGAAUUGUUAUGAAUAAAAGAUACAGAAAACAAGAUCUA